UUCCGGCACAUGUGAAUUGGUUUUACUUCACUUUUUGGCUCGGCGUCUUUACGUCUUCGUUCUUUUUCUUUGUUAUAAUUUGCCUGCGGGUUCCAAACUCUCUUGAUUUAAAUUAAUUGUUGUGUACGGAAAACAAUACAGCCGAGCCAAAUGGAAGAUACUACCGAUAAUGGCGAUGGCAAGCGCGUUACUCGAGCACGCACUCGCCGUUUGUCCGUUCUGGAAUCGGACAGUCGACCGAGUACUCCUCAAUUGUUGGAGACUGCGGCAGAAAAAAGUACUGCCUCCCCACGUGCAACGCGCCGCACUCGCCUAAACUCGGCCACUCUAGAUGUAAGGACUCCGACGAGGACAAGACGAGCCUCGUUGGCACGCGGCGAAACUCCCGAACCGAGCACGCCCUCCUCUGUAAAGAGGACAGCACGCACGCCGGCGAAGAACACGAGAUCCGUGCGACAACAGCUCACACUCACCGAGGAGGCGGAGGAAGUCGAGAUAAGGCAGGAGAUGCCCAGUCCCGCACAAAGUCCCGUGCAAAAGGAGACCAAGGCCAAGUUGGAGCGAAAAGCAAGUGCUAGUCCAAGUCCCAGGCGCAAAGUCACGCCCUCACCGAGUGAUGAAAAACGAGUCACACGUUCCAUGUCACAAACACCUCCGAUUGCCACUCGUUCGUCCGGUAACACAUCGCGCGAAAUCCACUCUUCGGUUGAAGACGAGACGGAUGCCCAAAAUGUGGAAGCCGAGAUAACCAAGAUCACAACUAGAAACACACCCAAGGUGACGGUCAGACUGGAGAAAUUAUCGGUGGUCAAAGCCGCUGGUAAAAAAGUAGAGGCAGCCAAGCCGUUGAUUCUGCCAGAGGAAAACAAAGAUGAAAUACCUUUACAGGAAGCUGAAGCGAAGCCCUCUCCUAAAGUUACUAAAAAGCAAGAAAAUGGACAGGAAUCUUCCGAACCUGCAAGUGAUACUAAGAAACUUCCAUUCUUAAAGACAUUUAACGCACUUGCACAAAUCCAGGCCUCAAGCAAAUCUCUUAGGACUGAAAAGGAUCAAGAAUCCUCAGCAGCCGAAAAGCCAGAGUCCCCUAAAGUUGCAAAGAAACUCGAGACUCCACAGAAGGUCACCCCUGUCGAGGAUUCAAAAAUUAUAAAGAAAAUCGAAACUCCGCAGAAGAUUGCCCCAGUUGAAGAGCGCCAAGAAGAAAAGAUUCCACCUGCUGAAACGGCUCCUAUAAUUGUACAGAAAAUUGAAUCACCGCAAAAGAUUUCUGCUGUUGAAACGGCUCCGGUGAAUACACAGGAAAUAGAAACUCCACAAAAGGCUCUUGAAGAGGAAAAGAAUGUACAAACUCCGCAAAAGAUACCUAUUGUUGAACCAAAGCCAAAAACCAACACUCCAGUAAAAGAUGAAUCCAUGGAGGACCAAGAAUUUUUGGAUGCAGAAGAAUCGCACGUGGAGGACGAAUUUCAGGAAAAUGAACCAAUGCUGGAAAAAUUACUGGAUGAGUUAAUAGAAUUUAACACCGAUGAGCCAGCAGAUCCUAACACCAAGGAGGCAACAGCUCCUGAAGACGCUUCAAAAACCGCAGAUAAGUCAGUAUCCAGUGAAGAAACUCCUCAAGAUGAUGCCAUGGACGUAGACGAGGAAAGCCCAGUGCUUGUGACCGAGGUUGUUAAGCUCCCGGACCUUACACCCGGCAUUAUAUCUCGUGUUAUGGGCUCCCCUGCGGUUGAGCAAAAGAAAUCGGUGGGCUUCAACAGCGGCACUGAGGAUUCAGAAGUAGAAAAAAUUCGCUUCCCAAAAACUCCUGGUCGUGAAAAGGUUCCUGUGGUCCGCACAUUUACCCCGAAGCAAGACACUCCACUAAAACUAGCUCUGCAAAAGGGCCGAAAUAGUUCCACGCCUAUUUUGAAGGAUCAAGAGCUCGAACUGUCCAUCAGCAAGUCGGAACUAAAGCCAGCUCCACCCAAAAUCGAUGCCAUCAAGCCUUUCGAUGAGCUGGAUUCAAAGAAUGCUAAAGAUGAGGAGGUGGAGCUGGUCAAUACGUCAACCAAAAAGACAGAGAAGAAAAUACUGACACGCCUCGAUAGCUUCGAAGAAGUGGAGGACUCAGAAGAAGACGAGGAGCAUGAACAAGAUGAAUCAAAAUGCGAAUUCGUUAACUUAGAAGCGGAAGAGGCCGAGGAGGAUUACCAGUCUGGUGACUCAAUGGACAGUUCGAUGCGUCGCGAGAUGGAAGAGAAUGAAAUUCCGGUCGAUGGCGAGUCCGUUGGAAGUAAGGACACGGAGGAGUCCACCGCAGAGGAAUCUGAAGGCGAUGAUUCCUUUAUUGUUUCGGACAACGACGACGAAGAGGAGGAAGUUGGGCCACUUUGCUACUCCGAAGACGAGGAGGAAGAGGAAGAGUUUAUUUCUGAAAAAACCAAGGAAACGUCCAGCAGCAAGCGUCGCCGCAUUAUGGUUGCGAGCUCAAGCGACGAAGAGGAGGAGACCGAAGAUCGGGAAAAGGACAUGAACAAGAGCACAUCGGUUAAGCCCAAGAACCAGAGCAACUGCUCCUCCAAUGCCAGCAAACUAAGCGAGGCAGCUCAAAUGAUGAACGGCAGCGAGGAGCACUCGCCGACUUCUGAAACCGAACUGGAGAGGUCCCGCCAAGUUGCCCUAACUGAACUGAACAAGUCGGAGAGAUUCAACAAGACGGAGACCCGCCUGGAUGUCAGUGUCAUGGAGGUUGAUUCCUCGGAUCAGGAAGUACAGGUCGAGCAGAACGCCUUGGGUAACGCUAAGGCCAACAGAAGUGUAUACGAAAUCAUGGAUUCAGAUGAAGCGGAGGAGCUCGAAGAGGAAAAAGAGAUUGAGGUUCCCGUAGCAAACGAGGAAGUUGAGCAGAAAGGCUCUCCUGCUGCAAGAAAAUCCAUAUCUUCCCAGGCUCAAAAAACCCUAAAAACUGCAGAUGAAGAAGCUCUGCUCGCCGAGUUGGCCUCUAGUGAUCUGCGUCACCUGGAAACAAUGUUCAAUCCGCUACAGAAAUCGCGCCGUCAGUCGUUGUAUGUACAGAGUCCUGAGUUGGCGGCCAAGGAACCGAAACUGAGACGCCGUAGUGAUCGCGCCAAUCUUGCCGGUGACUUCUGCCCUUCGCAGUCCUUUGUUGAGAUGGUGGCCGAAAGAAAGAAGCAGAACAAGAAGCGAAAGCGUAUGUCCAAGAGCUUCUCGGGAACACCCGAAGAUUUCGAUGACAUGGGAACCCAUCAAGAGCACAAGCGUUUAAAGAGUACGCAUGAAGAUUCUUCCGCAUCUUCAGAGGAGGAUCUUGGGGUGGAGGUUGGCGCCGAGGAAGUUGAGAGCGAAAAGGAAAUUUCGGAGGAAGUCAUUACUAAAGAAGCUCCUGUACCUUCACCCCAAGAAACUGCUGUGCAGGAUUCUCCCAAAAGAGAGGAAGCGGUUGAGGAAUUGCCUUUGGAAGAGCCCAAGGUUUUCCAAGAGCCGCAACCACCGAAGAAAAAUCCCAAAAUACUUGAAACUACUAAAACUGCAGAGAAUCCGGUGCCAAAACAGGAGAAGACUGCAGAGUAUUACUUGGCAUACUGUCACAACCUUCUCGAGGCAGCCAAUGAGGCGAAGUUGAAAGAGAAGAAAGCACAACUUGCCACGGGAACAAAGCAAAAAAAACCAAAGCGUCAGGCUCAGCAAGCGGCUACCAAACCCUUGGCGGCCACUGUCUCCGAAAUAGCAUUGCCAUUACCAAAUGCCAAACCGGCUAAGCAGGCACCUCCAAUCAAGAAGGAUGUGAAGCGCUUGCAGGCAGCACGGCAGGCUGUAAGUCAUGCUGUCAACCUACUUGCGCCAACGAAAUCUGGCGACGGAGAGCCUCGCACGCUGGCACGUAAACUGUCGCCACAGCCUCCAAUGGAGGACAAGAAGGCGGCCAAGAAAAAUAAGCAGGUCAAGAAGCAAAAGCAACAGGAAACAUCACCGCUCAAGAGCUCCGAUGAGGAGAACCAUGGUCAACCAGGGAACCGCAUUCGAACGAACGCUGGCUACGUGACAGUGGUCGAUGAGCCGCCCCAGAAGAUACCACAAAUCGAGCUGAUCAAAACCAGUUCGGGCAUGGUGCGCGUCGAGCCGCGCACUCCCAAACAGAAGUACUUCCGCGAGAUGCCAGCCACACCGAAAAUGCAUGGGUUCCGCGAGGAACCAGGACCCUCGGGUGUUUCCAAGAAGCGGGGCAAACGUCUGGCAGCGAAGACCGAAGAAGCUGGACAUCACAAUCCAGCCAAACAGGCGGCACUGCUCUUCAAGCAGCGGGUCUUCGCCCGCAAGUCGUAGGAUUAUUCAGAGAUAUAUAUAUAUAUAAUGGAUACUAGUAUUAAUGGAUGGAAAUGUCAAGUGUACACAAUGCUUACUUCAAUUUUUGUUUAUUUUCUUUACCUUUUUUGCCGAAUGGAAUUUGAUUUUUUGAAUUAUUUGUUUACAUAUUUUUGUUAUGACAUUUUUCUACACCUUGCCAUCUGUGAGAUUUAAAUUCCACUGUACUUCACUCAUUCACAUGAACGCAUUACCACAGAAAUAAAUUUAUGUUUGUUAAAAAUUAAAGAAAACUUCAAGCUGUAUAUAAAUAUUAUACGGUGGUUGAUCCCAAAAAAUUAAAAAAUUCGCUGAUAACACUUUUUUUUUAAUAGUUUUAAACUAGGUGUAGAUUGGUGUUGUUCAUUUAUAUUCUGGUUUGCUUGGUUUUACAAAAAUAAAAACUAGGCAUCACAAUAUAUCUUCUUGAACAUGUACAAGAAAGGCAAAUCAAAGCAUUCAAAAACAAAUAAUGUAGUUAAAAAAAUGAAUAAACUUUAGUUUUUUAGGCA